AUGUCUCUUAUUGAUGCGGACUCGUGCGCUUGUACGAAGGCAGAGUUAGAACUGUUCGAAACCAAACCAACACAAACUGCAAUUUUGAGCGGUCGUCUCGUCGAAGUACAGCCGACAACCUCAAUUGACAACACAGAUGUCAUUGAGUUCAACAUGCAGACCGAUGAAAAACAUUACAUUGACUUACGAGAAACAACGCUUUACAUCAAAGCGAAGAUCGUAAAACAAGACGGCAGCACCCUGAGAGAAAAGCAAGCCGAUGGAAACACUCUUGAACAAAAUGCGCAAUGCUAUCCGAUAAACUACCUAAUCGCUUCCAUGUUCAAACAGGUCGAAGUGUCUCUUGCCGGGAAACAAAUCGGAACCACCAGCAGCAUGUACGCUUAUCGAUCAUACCUGGAAGCAUUACUCAGUCAUGGAGAAGACGCUAAAACUCAUCAAUUGCGAGCGGGCGGAUACUUUAAGGACCUGGCAAAUAUGGAGACAACCGGAGCUACGAUCAGCGACAGCUCAGCAACCAACAAAGGAGCCAUAGCUCACUUCAAGAUGGCAAACUUCAGUCGAAGUUUUGAACUCCAAGGCCGCAUCCAUAGUGAGAUGUUCGAGCAAGGAAAACUUCUCCUCAGCAAAGUACCCCUUACAGUCAAAUUAACCAUGGGAAACCCUAAAUUCAACCUGAUGUCUGCGUCAACAACUACAGAUUACAAGAUAAAGUUGGAGAAAGCGAUCCUCUACGCCAGUCACAAAGAAAUCGCAUCCUAUGUCCGAGUAGCCCACGAAGAAAAGGUUCUAACGGCAAAUGCAAAAUACCCCGUGGCAAGAAUCGAAACGCGUUACUUUCAGAAAGCUGCAGGAACUACCGACCUGUCCGAGGCCAAUCUGUGCAAGGGAGAGACUCCGAGGAGAAUUAUUCUGGGCCUGGUCGCCAGCAAUGCCAUGAACGGUGCUAUCGACGGAAACCCGUUUAAUUUCAAGCAUUACAACGCGACUAGCGUAAAACUAACCUUUGCGGGAGCCGAGAUUCCUUACGGGGAACUAAAAAUGAAUUUUGGCGAUAAAAAUGUGCUAAACGGGUACAUGACGCUCUUCCGAGGGAGCAAGCUCUGGCCUGCCAAUAAGAGCAACGACAUAACGCUAGAAGACUAUGUGGAUGGAUAUGCCCUGUACGUCUUCAACUUAGCCCCAGACGAUGCCGGAUCGAGUGCAUUUCAACUCGCCAAAAAUGGAGACGUAAGCGUGGAAAUCAAGCUAUCCGAAGCUACAACCGAAGCGAUAAACAUCGUAGUUGUGUAUGAAUACGACUCUUUUGUGGAAAUCGACAAAGAUCGAAACGUGCAUUACGGACAUACCGGCUCGGAAAAAUAA